UUUUUUUAAACAGCUGCAGACACUGCCAACCAUAUCACAGCGCUGAUAAUAAUCCUUAUUAGAUAGCUUUUUAUUUCUUUUUUUUUAAAUGUAUCUAACGACCAAAUAAUUCCUGUGUGUUAAUCAGAGUCAUAUUAAAGGACAUCUCCUGGUGUAUGAAAAUGUCUCUUCUGUUGCGGGCGCGAGACACGAGACAAGGAGCGGCAGCCAUUAUAGCAUCAGCACUGCUGGUGUUUACGGUCUCUUCUGUGUCCUCCAUGGAAGUGCUCGUGGCACAGCAGAUUAAUGCCCUGAAUGGCACCAUGGUAAAGAUCUCCUGCACCUUUACGUCCUGCUACAAACUGGACAUCAGCAAAUUUGCUAUGAACUGGACCUACCAGGAGACCAAAAACGAUACAGAGGAGAUGUUUAUGACCUUUAAGAACAGAAUAACUCCUUUGAGGACGGACCGUUUUGGGGACAGGGUAAAGUUUGCUGGAAACCUGGACAAAAAUGACCUUUCCAUUACCAUCUCAGACGUGCAGCUGUCAGACGAGGGGAUCUAUAAAUGUUCUGUACGCAAUCCUCCUGAUCGUGUCGAGGGCCAUGGCACUAUCCAGCUGUCUGUAGUCACCGAGUUGCCCCCUCCCAGAGACUCGACCAUCGCGGUGGCAGUCGGAGCAUCUGUAGGAGGGAUGCUGGCUCUGGUGAUCCUCACCAUGGUGAUCAUCAAGUGUGUACGGAGACAUAAGAAACAGGAGCUCAUCUCUGAUGAACAGAAGAUGGAGGAAGAGGGGAAAACAGAUGGAGAUGGAGGCACAGAAGAAGGAACCAAACAAAUUUAACAUGCCUAUGACCUGAAGGACCUAAACUUUGGUUGAGCCCUAUUCUUCACAUGCAGAAUGAUGUUUUCUUGAGCCAUCAUGCUGUCUCUGCAGCACUUUCCUUGGUAUGGAUCUUUCCUCAUUUGUGCAGACAAUAAACAAUCGGAUUUUUACUUUUUUUUUCUUUUUCUUUUUAACCGGAAAUCUCGGUUGCUAUACCUGCUAUACAUUCCAAGUGAGCCAGUGUAACGCUUCAGAUCAGGUUUCUAUUCUCCACUCUUCAGUGUAACUCUUAGAAUCUUCCACACAGUAUUUAUAGGAAGCGCACCACUUUUAAAAUGAUUUUUUCUUUAGUGUCUUCCAACCACUGCCAGUAUAUUCACAACGUGACUAUUGUUAAAGGUAAAGCACACUAUUCCUACUAUUGCCUAAUUGGUAGUAGUUUGAUUUUUAUAGAUGAUUCUGACGACUUUAUUUGUAUUUCUCGUCUGAUGCAAAAAAAAAAAAAAGUCCUCUUUCUCUUUGAGAGCCAAAUGUACCUACGAGUACAGAAACAUUCCAAAAAAAACAACCCACUUUGCUUUUGUGUUUUAAAUGUGUUUUGCUCCUUCUUUACCAAUGGAGGGUGUGUUUCUUGAAGAACUUUGUUAACGGAUACUUAAAUCAACACACGCUACUAGACUUUGUAUUCACAGCGAAGAUAAACUCCAACGACGGAUCAGAAACCGACACAGUGCAAAUAUUAUAACGUUAGCAUAGAAAUGAAUAGACGUUUAUGGAUAUCACUUAGUUAUUGAUGUACUUUAAUACUUUAAUACUUUGUGAAAAAGUUAAAAUUUUAACGUGGUUUGAUCUCAUUUAAGUAAGCAUUUAGCCGCGGGAGCUCAUUUCAUUUAGCGUUCGUCGUUAAAAUUUAGCACAGAAUUCACUAGCUUGUCUGUUGUAAAUUAUGUUAGACUUCGCUACCUAAUCUGACAUCAUGUACGUUAGCAUUCCAAAGCUAAUCGAUGGUAUUUUAGCUCAGCAUUAGUUUGCUAAUCUGUGGUAAUUUAUAUUAGCAUUUGCUAGCUAGGUAUUUUUUUAAAAUAUUAGUAUUCAUUAGCUACUCUAGUCUGAGGUAAUUUACCGUACAUUAGCUUUUGUUCACUAGUCUGAGGUAAUUGUAAGUACGUUUAAGUAAGGUUAUUUUACUUGGAAAUGUUAGUUGGGAGAAGUUGCGAAUUAACUAAAGUCUGAUGUAGAACAAAUCAUGUAAUAAAUCCUGUGAGAAUUUUACGUUUGUCAGAUCAUACCACAUCUUUCAUGGUCAGACAAGUUGGACAAAAUGAUUAUUAAGCAUAAUUAAUACAGUUCGAAUUAUGUUAGCACAAUAUUGUAUUAACAUAACUGCAAAAUGUCAGACACUGAAAGAUCUAUUUUACGGGUGAAGACCACGCCCUCGACUACUGAAAUGGAGAAAGACAGGGAUGGGAAUUUCUAGGAAUUUAAUUAAGAAGAGGUUAUAGGUUGAUGUGUGGUCCUUCGUCCAAGCUUCAGUUUUUUUCCUAACUUCAUUUUGCGAGUUAAAUAAGAUCUUAACUUCUUGUUAAGAUUGAAGGAGUGGGGGGAACUUUAAGUUUAGAUUAGAGUUCUGAUCAGCUACUUAUCUGGGCUAAAUUUAAAUGCUGGAUUAUGAGAGUCGGUUCCCCGGCCCUGUAUCUUGGUCUGGAUGUAGCUGUAGUGUGUCUACGAGAUGAGCCCAUGGAGAUGUACUGAUCUAGAAGUGUGAUCGGAAAAUCGCCGGAGGAGGUGUGAAAGGAUCCAAUUAAAGAGCUUCUUGGGGUUAAGUGCAGCCAGAUGGACUUGUAUAGUGGAAGGAUGAAAGCUGAGACUUGAGCUAGUGUGAUAGUGAAGGAAUGGCGUUAGGUCACUAAGUGGGGUGUCCUUAUAGACUGUGAAAGAAUGACCAAUUAUCAGUGUACUGAACGGCUGUCUGAUCAAACCACCGAAGGGCAGCAUGGACAAUGAGGCAUGGCUCCCGUGGGUUGAAGGCACGUCUGACUCAAGAAGGUGAUUUUGGCAUGUUGGAAAGAGAGGUUGUUCCAGCGUUGAAGGAGAAAUAAAACCUACUUUCUACAAAAGAUCGAUGUGUUAGUUAACGUGAGCCGGUAGACGAAUGACCACCAAAGACCAGUAAAGAGUUAUUUUAUAUUAUUAAACCAGUAAAGAUUGGCUGAGAUGACCAUUGAGCAGCAAAUUUAAGCUAGGGUGACCAUCAUAAGCUGGCAGAUUGCUGACCAAAAAAGACAACCUAGCUCUGUGACCACGCAACAGUUAAAGACCAUUCUUAAGAUGAAGCGAACAAACUACUUUAGGAACCUUACACAUUAUGAAACUUUUCAAGAAACGCACCCCAGAACGGUAUUUUAGCAGCAGUAUGUUCAACAAGUAAUUUUUUUUUUUUCCUAUUUGGUCUUCACAUAAUGACAUUGAAUUAUUCAGGGAAAAUUGCUGAGAUAGAACAUGUUCUAAUAUAUUUAGAUUAAAAAUUAUAUACAUAUAUAUAAUUUAUGUCUUGUAAUAUGUCUUGUAAGCAGGGUCCAAAUUGUCUUUUCACUCUAAUCGAACCACGCGAGAGUUCACUUGGAAGUGGCCUGAGACUAAUUUUAGUUUCUAAUUCUUUUCUAAACUAUUAGCAUCACUAAUAUAGAAAAAAAAACAUAUGUAGCUACUUCUUAUGUAAGUAACAGCACACUGCAAAAAUAUCAUCUUAGCAAGUGAAGAGAUCUUAAAUACGCUCAAAUUGAUCUAGUAUUUCCUAUUAUAAGAUUACAACAGAGCAAAUAUAAUAUUAUUAAUAAACCUAUUUCUAGACUUUCAAGCUUUAAAGGUUCUUAUUCUAUUGGCAGAGCAUUUCAUCUCUGUCUAGAAAUAAAUGCUAAAAAUGUGCCCAUUUGUCUGGCAAUAAUACGACUAUUUCAAGCUUGAAAUUAAUAAGCAUGGCUAAAAAUAUGAUUAAUAAUCUUAUAUUCGGUUUGUUGUAAUAUUAUAAUCGGAAAUGCUGGACAAAUCUGUCUAUACUCAAGGUAUUUCCACUAUAAUUUUUGUAGAAAACAAUAUUAUUGGUUAUCUAUAUUAAUGACUUAGCCAUUCAAAAGUAUGAUAAUCUAAUACACCACGCUGCUUGCUCUACAUGCAGUUUAAAGUCAAAUACACUCUUUAGUACAUAGUUUGGUAGUAAAACAUAAUCAAUAAAACAUUCUCAUUUCCAUAUCAAGAAAUAUUUCCUAGCUUACUACGGACUUUAGUACUGAAUAGUGGUUUCUGGCAUGUUUUGUAUCCAUCGCAUGUUGUAAAUAUUCCCUAAAAACUGUGCUGUGUUGAGAAGGAAUGACAAUAAGGCUUGACUUGACAUAGGAAGCUUGAUUUAGAUCACAACUCUUUAGCACCUAUUAUAGAAAUGAACAAAAAUAUAUAUUUAAAAUGAAUAACACAUAUAAAUAAAUGAGUUGUACUUUGAGCUGGACGAUUUAUUUUUAUAUAUUAGUUUUUUUUCUAGUUAUUGCAAAUAAUACUGAUGCAAGUAUUCCACUUGUUUCUGAAUUAUUGGCCGAAAGCUUAUAAUAUGACCAAACUUAAAACCAAACAUCAAUUUUAGUCACAAUGUAGCAAGACGUUCAGGCACUGCAUAAUGUGGGUUGCUUUCAGAUAGACUUUCUUCCAGAGAUAUUGUUGUUAUGGAGGUUACAUACAGGCACAUAUGUUACUAGCCUUAUUCACCCCUCAUAACCACCAGUGGAAUUGAGAAUCACCUGUAUAACUUACACUAGCCACAAUAUAAUGAGGAACCUGGUGUGCCUUAAUGGAAAGGGGCUUGAAGAUGACCACCAUAUUCACACCACUGGGAGCUAGGUUCACCUUGUAGAACUAGGAAGAAUUGCAUGGCAGGAUACCUCAUAGAUGCUCCGCAUAGUCUGGCAUAUCACAUUUAGGGCCAGGUAUCCAGCCUGUCUAUAGACCGUGGUGAUGUCCACCACACAAUGGGCAACCAAUAACAUUCAUCUUUGGCUGCUCAAAAGGAGGGGCCUAACGGGACUCAUAAUGAGGUGAUUCCACUACAAUCCAGCUGUGUCUCAUCCUUCUAGAAACAUCAUCAUCAGCUUGAAAUACUUGUAUUACAACCCUUUCAAAACCUUCUUCCACUCAACAUGAGUUAACCAAAACCUGGAGGUGUCUCAGAAUAGGUAUAGAGAACUUGAAGGUCAGAUUGCCUACUCUCAAUUCUAGAUAGUUGAUGUGUUCUGGUCUUACAUCAGGGUUCCACAUGCCGCUAUGCCCUUGUAGCUCCACACUGCCCCCAAGCCUGUAACUGAAACAUCUGUCGUGACUCAUUCUGAUGGAGCAUCUCUGCUCAGCAGACCCCUUUCCUUAGAAAAGCUUUGCAUCUCUAGCAAACUAGAGCUUGUGCCACUCUUUCGGAACCAGUUCGACCACCAUAUCAUGCAAAAAAGAGAUGAUCUUUAGGAAUUGGAUGGAAAUCGCCAUUCUUUUUCUGAACAAGAUGAUAGCCGCAUACACUGUGUACGUGGUCCUACGUGUGUACGAGGUGAGAAUAAUAAAGAGAAAGAUGGCUGUAUGGCUAGAAUUUAUUCCAAAAAAAACUGCAUCAUACCUUACAUCGUGACUUUUUUGGAAGGUGGAAGAUACCCAGGUGACUCUCACUACCCCUUACAGUUAGGACGGGUCAAAUAGAACAGACUUAUGCAUUCAAGCUAGUGGUAAUGGAUAACACAGCAGUGUUAUGUCUGCAUCCUUAUAUUUGGUCAAAGGCAACAUACAGUAUACAAUUACAAAAUUUUAUAACAAUAGAACAACUUGUAACAAUCGAUAUUGUCCCAGGAAAAACUCCCUGAGAUAACAACACACUGUCAGAGGCAGCAAAAGUGUUCGUUUUUUUUUGAGAGUAAUACUCCAAUUGUUUAAAUAGAAUCGUUCAUUAUAAUUAUUGUAUGCAAUCAUCGUUCUCUUAUAGGUGCCGCUUUCACUUGGUGGUGGGGGGGAUAGCUAGCUUGCUAAUGUAACAUCUAUGGUUCCUACAAAAUCACAGACACCUGUAUCGCCCAUAAUCACCUUAUUUUUGCUCCUCUCCAGGGUAAGAGGGGUCAAAAGGGGGAAAAUCCAGUGCAAACUACUUAAAACAGUUGUAUCUUUCUUAGGUCUACUAAAUUUACAAAACGCUGAAACACCAAAUCCAUUAAAAAAAAACAAACAAUCUAUUUUUUGGUAGCAAUGCAUAAAAAAAAAAAAAAACUGCAAAUAAACAAAGAUAAUAUAUUAAAAAAAACUUUUCCAGUAAAAUGGUUGAGUGUCAGGUCACAUUAUAAAGAUGCGCCAUGCUCUUGCACUGGCAUGACUCGUAUGGCAAAUGCCUACAUUGGACUCGUUCUUUAUUCUUCGGACUCAUUAAAAUGCAGCAUUUAUUAACACAGGAUUAUAUUGUAUUGCAAGCGGCACUACGGUGGUUCAGGUUACGAUCCUCGGUUCAAAAUGACCUUCACGCUCCAUCCAUCUGCAUUAUCCUUUAAAUGUAUUACUUUCUUGAUAUUGAAUCUAUUGAACAUAUUUUCGUAAACGUUUCAUGCUUUCCUCAAUCAUUUGUGGAUUUUGAUUCGUUUCCAAUGUCAUUUCUGAAUGCACAGUGUGUGAUUAGGAUCUUGAAUAAACCAAUAAAAGAUCACAGUGCAGCUUGAGGGGUUUACAGAAACGCUCCUGAUUUUUGGACGCAGUACGGAGGGAAUGCAGCCUUAACUUUACUCAGUAUUCACACGCCUGAUGCUCACCUGAAUGAGUGAAUGACCAGCAUGAUUACGUAACGCAGUAGAGAUACGAUACACAGCUGUAUAAAAGAAGUCCCUUAAAAACCAUAUAAUGCACGGUUUGAAUAUAUUGCACAUCUUUGAUUGUUCCAAUCUUUUUUUUUUCUUGUUUUUUUCCCCAGUGCUUAUGUGAAUGUGAUGUUGCAGGUAUUGUAUGUAUAUUGUAUAAGAUUUGUCAUUAUGUACUGCAUAGCCCUGCAUAAAUUUUAAACUGAAUGAGAAGUAAAUGUCAGGUGGACCAUAGAUUUUGUUCAGUUAAUGUGGGUCAUUGCUUUUGCAUCGGGCAAAAUGUACACUAGACAGAAUUAAAAUAAACUAUAAAGUAAAUUA